AUGAAGUUCACCACCCUCACCACCCUCGUCACCCUCGUCACCACCGCCCUCCUCACCACCGCCCUCCUCACCACCGCCAAAGCCGACAUCUGGAUCUACGAAGGCACCGACCUCGGCAGCGGCGGUGAGGUCCUCUGGCUGUUCUUCCCCGGCUUCCCCCCCCCUCACAGCUGCGAAGACGUCAAGAAUACCCGGCUCAUUCUCCAAAAGUGGGACGUGAGCGAGAUCGAGGGUGUUGUUUGCGAUGGGGAUGGGUGCUAUAAUGGGAAUCCGGAGGAUCUCGAGCGGUUGGAGUUUGAUGUUGAUUUUGGUCAUUUCACUAUUUAUAAGAAUCGGGACUGGAACUUGGUUGGGUUUGAAAGAUGA